GCUAGUUUUGAAAGAUUUUAAGACGUAGCAGUUGUUUGUUGCUGCAUUUUGUCUGCCUGAUUUGGAGAAGUGGAGAAAAAUGGCGUUUGUUUCUCAAUUCAAUCAACUUCCGUGCAAGACUCUCUCGCUGAAUCCGCCGCACCCUCAGCUGUCCUCUAAGCCGUCGAUUUUCACCAUCAAUUCGAUUGGCACCGGCGCCAGAGCGGCGGGGAAGUCAGCGAUCUCGGCCAGGGAAUUCGUCUGGGCUAGACCUGCGUUCAAGGUCCGUGCUGUGGAAAAUGAUGACGAGUGGGGCUACGAGAAGGAGGAGCCGUUCGGCGAUGGGUCGGGUGUGGCGGUCGCUGAAGAGGAGGAGAAGCCUCUGGAGCCGUCGGAGAUUUAUAGACUGAAGAAGGCGUUGGUGGACUCGUUUUACGGGACCGAUCGUGGAUUAGGAGCCAGUAGCGAAACUAGGGCGGAGAUCGUUGAGCUGAUUACGCAACUGGAAGCGAAGAACCCCACACCAGCUCCCACAGAGGCCAUAUCUCUGCUUAACGGCAAAUGGAUUCUCGCGUACACAUCUUUCUCGGGUCUGUUCCCGUUGUUGUCUAGGAGUACAUUGCCAUUAGUCAAGGUGGAAGAAAUUUCACAGACUAUUGAUUCAGAGGGUUUCACUGUCCAAAACUCUGUCCAGUUUUCUGGUCCUCUGGCCACCACUUCCAUUAGUACAAAUGCGACAUUUGAAGUUAGGAGUCCCCAGCGUGUACAGAUCAAGUUUGAAGAAGGUGUCAUUGGGACUCCCCAGCUGACGGAUUCACUAGUAAUACCAGAGAAUGUAGAGUUUUUUGGACAGAAGAUUGACCUUACUCCAUUCCAUGGCAUCAUAUCCUCCAUCGAAAACACUGCUUCAUCUGUAGCAAAGACAAUUUCGAGCCAACCACCAAUCAAGUUCUCAAUCUCAAACACCAAGGCGGAGUCUUGGUUGCUAACUACAUAUCUUGAUGAAGAUCUUCGAAUUUCCCGGGGAGAUGGCGGUAGUGUGUAUGUACUCAUCAAGGAAGGCAGUGCUCUCUUAUCCCCCUAGAUACCAUUAUCCUCCUCGCCAUAUUCUACUGCUCCAAGGAGAGGAUGCAGUUUUAUAAAGGGUUUAUAGGAAACUGAAUUAUCAUCUAAAGAUGCUAUAGUGUGUUGUAGUUGCUCCUGAGAAAUAGUAAAUGGAAUUCCCUUCAACCGGACCUUCAAUUA